AUGAGCGGUCCGCCGCCGCCGCCGCCGCCACCCCAUGGCGAGGCGCCCAAGACAACCGCCGGAGGUGGACUGCCACCGGGGAAAUACGACAUCUUCGUGAUACCGGAGCAUUCAGCGGGCUCAGGUUUCCUCUACCUACCUUCGCUACGGCCCAACAUCAACAGCUUCAUUGCCGGGUUCGCCUCGGCUAUGGCCUUGAUAGCGUUGGGCCAAAGCAUGGCGCCGGCUUUCCAGGUCUGGUGGGCCAACUUCCAGGGUAUGGGGAAUAUGGGCAUGAUGAUGCUCACCAUCGCAGUGGGAUUGGGGGCAUGGUCGCUCGGGAGGCAACAAAAUGACGGCGGAGGAGGCCCUGGGACUGGGGGCUCUGGCCCGACGGGCGGUAGCGGUAGUCAUUCCGGCGCUGGCUUCGGCGGAGCGUCACAUGGCUCUGCGUCAGGCAGCGCACCGCCGCCGCCGCCACCGAACCAUGGCGGCCCUCCUCCCACGAGUCCUCCCCCUCCUCCGCAGCCGGAUCCGCCGCCGCAAAAUGAGAAACCCAAGUCUUCGUGGCAACAGCGAGCACCACCACCAACUGGCACGACCGGGACCGAGAGUCCUAAGGGGGCCUGGGCUCGGGCCAGGGAAGAAACGAGAAGGAAAGAGGAGGAGCGCAGAGCACAGGAAGAGGAACGAAAGCGCAGAGAGGCCAAUGCGCAGCGUCUGAAGGAACUUCGCGAGAAGGAAGCCCGAGAGCGCGAGCAGAGAGAGAAGGAGAGACGAGAGCGGGAAGCCAAGGAGACCAGGGACCGGGAAGAACGGCAACGGAAAGAACGAGAGGAGCAGGAACGCAAGGAAAAGGAAAACAAGGAGCUGCGUGAGAAGGAACAGAGGGAACGAGUGCAACGAGAACAGAGAGCCCGUGAGCUGAGAGAGAAGCUCGAGCGGGAAGCGAAAGAACGGGAGCGGCUGAAGAAGGAGCAAGAGGAGAAGCCAACGCGCGUUGGCAGCACCUAUGCCUUCUCGGCCGUGGGGGAGAAGAUGAGCCCUUGGCCCAACGGUAAGCCUCCUGUUGCGACUCCGCCCCAACCUGCUUCGCCGGCAUCUGCCGCCAAACCCACCACCACAGCCAAUUCAUCCACAUCAUCAGCCCAACGGCCGCCUGCCCCGACCGCGAGGUCGUACGCAGGCACCGAAGACGACGCAUACUCGUACCGACCGUACGACCGACCAAAGCGACCGACGCACAAGAAGUCCAACUCGGACCUGUCCGAGUCCUCGUGGGCUCCCUCCCAAUCGACGGCACGGACGACACCGCCGCCGUCCUUCCGUGCCCCCUACUCGACCAAAGACCCCGACAAGAUUGUGAUCAAGGCCGUCUAUGGCUUCCUCAACCAGUUUGCCAAGACGCCCUCGUCACAGCUCAUCUCCGGGUUCGGCUCCGUCACGGACGGGCUGAUCCUGCGCAUCACGACCGAAGGCCUGUUCAUCGACGACGACGUCCGCGGCGUCGCCCAGCGCGAGUGGGACGUCAAGGCCUGGACGCUCAAGCUCGUAGAGGUAUGGUGCCCCGCGCAUGUUGCUGCUAUUGCGAAUUCUGCCGCCGCCGCCGAACCCCCCCUCAAGCCCUCCGGGGCCAACACAAACAAUGCUUCCUUCCUGCACAAGAUGCACCAGCGCCGCAGCGCCGCCGCGUCGAGGGGCGAGCCCAAGACGCUCGUCGGCGACGAGGCGGACGCGCACCUCGCCGACAUGCUGCGCGAGUGUCGGGACAACUGCCGGCUGGGCCUCUUGGGCGACUCUUGCUUUAACGCUGCUUUUGCUGCUGGUUCGACGGUUUCGUCCAAGACUGCCUCGAGUACUAAUUCCAAACAAAAACAACAGACGGGCGAGUGGAAGACCAAGGGCCUCCACAUGCUGCGCGCCACGAUCCGCGACCAGGAGGGCAAGCGGUAUCUCUUUGUCAUUGGCGAGGAGGAAGGGUGGAAGGUGGCCGUGGGCCUGCAGAGGCUGCGCCGGGGCACGCAGACCAGGGCGCUGGGCGUGGCGGGCCUGAGCGCGCUCGAGACGAAGAAUACUCUCGAGGUGCUGGGCUGGGGUCAGUAA